GAUACCACGCUUCUCCCUUUACAAAAACACACUACCCCUCAUCCCCCCGCUCUCUCUCUCAAUCUCUCUCUCUCUCUCUCUCUCUCUCUCAUGGCUUGUCGCCGGAAAAUCACUUCUGGGUCCGUCCAAAGUCGCCACCACAGACAACCAUCACCACCACUUCAAGCCCACAACUAAGCCCAACAAAACCCAUUCUCCCAUUAUAAAAAUACAAAAAACCAAAAUCAAUGGAAUACAAGUUUGUUGUUACUGGUUUCUGGGUUGUUCUUCUUGUGUUGUUGGCGUUACUGAGUCACCGAGUCGACUCUGAGCCGACUCAGGACAAGCAAGCUCUCCUUGCAUUCAUUUCUCAAAUCCCUCACGCCAAUCGCCUCCAAUGGAACGCCUCCGACUCGGCCUGCAACUGGGUCGGCGUCGUCUGCGACUCGAAUCGCUCCUUCGUCUUCUCUCUCCGCCUUCCCGCCGCCGGACUCGUGGGUCAGAUUCCGGCCAACACGAUCGGAAAUCUGGCCCAACUCCGAAUCCUUAGCCUCCGUGCCAAUCGUCUUUCCGGCCAAAUUCCCUCCGAUUUCUCCAAUCUCAAGCUCCUCCGAAGCCUCUAUCUACAGAAUAACAAAUUCUCUGGCGAGUUUCCGGCGAGUAUCCCCGUGUUAACUCGGUUGAACCGUUUAGAUCUCUCUAACAACAACUUCACUGGUUCAAUUCCAUAUUCUAUCAACAAUCUGACCCAGUUGUCUGGUCUUUUGUUGGAGAACAAUGGCUUCACUGGUACUCUCCCAAGCAUCAGCAAUUUAAGCUUGGUAAACUUCAAUGUCUCUUACAAUCGUCUCAACGGUUCAAUCCCUGCGUCUCUGUCGAAAUUCCCGGCGAGCUCAUUCGCCGGAAACCUCGCUCUCUGCGGCGGACCAUUGCCACCUUGCAACCCAUUCUUCCCCUCACCAUCCCCAUCACCAUCUUCAAUUCCACUACCGCACCAAAACCCACCACCAAAAAACCCCAAAAAGCUCUCAAAAGCCGCCAUUAUCGGUAUCUCAGUCGGAUCAGUAGUGCUUCUCCUUGUACUGCUCCUAAUUCUCAUCCUCUGUUUACGAAAGAGCAGGGGAAAGGCGGCGAAAACCCAGAAACCACCGGCUACGGCGCGCUCAGCGGCGGUGGCGGAGGCAGGGACGUCGUCGUCGAAGGAUGACAUUACAGGUGGGUCAGGAGAAGGAGAGAGAAACAAGCUAGUGUUCUUCGGAGGUGGGAUUUAUAGCUUCGAUUUGGAGGAUCUGCUGAGGGCUUCGGCGGAGGUGUUGGGGAAAGGGAGUGUAGGGACGUCGUACAAGGCGGUGCUGGAGGAAGGGACGACGGUGGUGGUGAAGAGAUUGAAAGAUGUGGUGGUCAAUAAGAAAGAAUUCGAAAUGCACUUGGAUGCUUUGGGGAAGAUCAAGCAUGAUAAUGUCGUGCCUCUCAGAGCUUAUUAUUAUUCUAAAGAUGAGAAAUUGCUUCUCUCUGAUUACAUGUCUGCUGGUAGCUUGUCUGCUCUUCUUCAUGGAAGCAGAGGAUCAGGGCGAACACCACUAGACUGGGACAACCGGUUGAGAAUCGCCUUAACCACAGCAAAAGGUCUAGCCCACCUACACGUGUCAUCCAAAAUUGUCCACGGCAACAUCAAAGCAUCCAACAUCCUCCUCCGCCACGACCCCCCAGCCGCCGCCUCUGUUUCGGACUUCGGCCUCAUCCCCCUCUUCGCCUCCUCCACGCAGCCUAGCCGCGCAGCCGGAUACCGAGCCCCUGAGCUCCUCGACACCCGAAAACCCACCUUCAAGUCCGACGUGUACAGCUUCGGAGUCCUACUCCUCGAGCUUUUGACUGGAAAAUCGCCGAUCCAGGCUUCGCUCGGCGAGGAAGGGAUCGACUUGCCGAGGUGGGUCCAGUCGGUGGUGAGGGAGGAAUGGACGGCGGAGGUUUUUGAUGUGGAGUUGAUGAGGUAUCAUGAUGUGGAGGAAGAGAUGGUUCAGACGCUGCAGAUUGCGAUGGGGUGUGUGUCGACUGUACCGGAUCAGAGACCCUUGAUGAAUGAUGUGGUCCGUAUGAUUGAGGAUAUGAUGAGUAGAGAUGAUGGGUUACGACAGUCGUCUGAUGACCCGUUUAGGGGAUCGGACGGUUAUACUCCUCCGCAGGGGUCCAGGACCCCACCUCCUCCUGCUCUCACACCUUAGACUCACACAGACACUUGUCUGAAAAUUCAAAGGGGGCAUAUUUGGAAAUGGCUAUAUAUUAAUCAUGUGAUUCAUUCAUUUUGCUGAUUCUUGCGUGUAAA